UGGGCCAUUCUUGAAGAAAAACUUGCAAGGUUAGAUAGAAAUGGCUAUCUUUCUCCAACUUCCUCUUCCUCCGACGAGGACUAUCGUCUUCCCCAAUUCAUCUUCUACACAGUUAAUCCUACGAAGUCCCAAUUUCACGCGGCGUGUUCGUUGCUGCUGUAUCUCUGAGCCCUCAGAGGUUAAAUCAGAUGAAGGAGCUUCGAAAUUGGAGUACAAGCCAGGACCUUUCGACGAUUUCUUCAUGCAAUCGUUUCGGAACAAAUUGGUCCAGGAAGUCGGGUCGGAUUCAGAGAAACCCGGCUACGUUGGACUUAUUGAGUUGGUGAAGCUUCUCUUGUUGAAAGGUCGAACUAGGUCGGAGACUAGUGAUGCUGCGGUGCGAAUACUGAAAUCGUUGUUUCCUCCACUCAUUUUAGAGCUCUACAAGCUUCUCAUUGCUCCUAUAGCACAAGGGAAAUUAGCUGCUUUGAUGGUUGCGAGAGUUACUGUACUUACCUGUCAAUGGUUAAUGGGACCGUCUAAAGUAAAUGUCAUCGAUCUUCCUAAUGGAGAGUCUUGGGAUAGCGGGGUUUUCGUCGAGAAAUGUCAGUAUCUAGAAGAAAGCAAGUGUGUAGGAGUAUGCAUUAACACAUGCAAACUACCAACUCAGACAUUCUUUAAAGACUACAUGGGAGUUCCUUUGGUGAUGGAACCAAACUUCAAAGAUUAUAGUUGCCAGUUUAAAUUUGGAGUAGCUCCACCUGAGGAUGAUGGCAAUGUUAAUGAACCAUGUUUUGAGACAUGCUCAAUCGCCCGCCGCCGGAAAUUAAAGUCCAGGGAGUGUACUAUGGCGUAAAUCGUCGGUUUUUUUAUGUCCAUACUUGUGCAACUUGUGUAUAUCAACAUUCUAGAUUCGAUUCUAGUGAUUACGAAAGAAAACAUAAAUUUCUUUACUUAACAGUCAGUUUUGUAUAAUUUUGACAAGAUAAUAUCUCUUCUA